ACCUACUCCGGGGCUGUCACACAUCGAUUGGCUUACUAGAUAAUAGAUCGUGCCACCCGGUAGGGACCUCUGGGGACCAGCCGGGAGGUGGAAGAGUCGCACGCAGCAGCCCAGCCCUGAGUUAAUCAAACUAGCAACAGGAUCUCGAGCAGCAGCAGCGACGGCGGUGGCAAGAGUAGCGGCGGCGGCGGCGGCGGCGGCGGCAUUAUGCGUGAUUACUGACAGGCACCAGCUGCUGCCGCCACAGCCGUCUCCAGCACACUAUGUGGACUCUCCGAUCUAGAGGCAGAUUCCUGACUAAUCCCAGAGGGCUGGCCCAGCCUGUGCUCCCCGGGCUGCUAGGAAGCGAUGACCACUCUUGUUAGCCCAAGUUGAAGAAAGCCCGGCGCUGCCUGGGAGCCGGGAGAGGCCGAAAUAUUUCGAAGACGCACGAGAGAGGAACAUGAACUGAAGAGUAAACAUGUAUGGAAAUUAUUCUCACUUCAUGAAGUUUCCCGCAGGCUUUGGCGGCUCCCCCGGCCACGCUGGCUCCACGUCCAUGAGCCCAUCGGCAGCCUUGUCCACAGGGAAGCCCAUGGACAGCCACCCCAGCUACACGGACACCCCAGUGAGUGCCCCACGGACUCUGAGUGCAGUGGGGACGCCCCUCAAUGCCCUGGGGUCUCCAUAUCGAGUCAUCACCUCUGCCAUGGGCCCACCCUCAGGAGCGCUGGCAGCCCCGCCAGGAAUUAACUUGGUUGCCCCACCCAGCUCUCAGGACUUGGUGUGAGGGGACCUGGACGGAAGCAUGCUCCUUCUGUGACCUGGGCCUUGGCUAAAUGUGGUCAACAGUGUCAGCAGUUCAGAGGACAUCAAACCCUUACCAGGGCUUCCCGGGAUUGGAAACAUGAACUACCCAUCCACCAGCCCCGGAUCUCUGGUUAAACACAUCUGUGCCAUCUGCGGGGACAGAUCCUCAGGAAAGCACUACGGGGUGUACAGUUGUGAAGGCUGCAAGGGGUUCUUCAAGAGAACCAUAAGGAAAGACCUCAUCUACACGUGUCGGGAUAACAAAGACUGCCUCAUCGACAAGCGUCAGCGCAACCGCUGCCAGUACUGUCGCUAUCAGAAGUGCCUUGUCAUGGGCAUGAAGAGGGAAGCUGUGCAAGAAGAAAGGCAGAGGAGCCGGGAGCGAGCUGAGAGUGAGGCGGAAUGUGCCAGUGGUGGCCACGAAGACAUGCCCGUGGAGAGGAUUCUAGAAGCCGAACUUGCGGUUGAACCAAAGACAGAAUCCUAUGGUGACAUGAACAUGGAGAACUCGACGAAUGACCCUGUUACUAACAUAUGUCAUGCUGCCGAUAAGCAGCUUUUCACCCUUGUUGAAUGGGCCAAGCGUAUUCCACACUUCUCUGAUCUCACUUUGGAAGACCAGGUCAUCCUGCUCCGGGCAGGGUGGAAUGAAUUGCUGAUUGCCUCUUUCUCCCACCGCUCGGUUUCCGUGCAGGAUGGCAUCCUUCUGGCCACGGGUUUGCACGUCCACCGGAGCAGUGCCCACAGUGCUGGGGUCGGCUCCAUCUUCGACAGAGUUCUAACCGAGCUGGUUUCCAAGAUGAAGGACAUGCAGAUGGACAAGUCAGAGCUGGGGUGCCUGCGAGCCAUCGUGCUGUUUAACCCAGAUGCCAAGGGUCUGUCCAACCCCUCCGAGGUGGAGACUCUGCGAGAGAAGGUUUACGCCACCCUCGAGGCCUACACCAAGCAGAAGUAUCCGGAACAACCAGGCAGGUUUGCCAAGCUGCUGCUGCGCCUCCCAGCUCUGCGCUCCAUCGGCUUGAAGUGCCUGGAGCACCUCUUCUUCUUCAAGCUCAUUGGGGACACCCCCAUCGACACCUUCCUCAUGGAGAUGUUGGAGACCCCCCUGCAGAUCACCUGAGCCCCGGCGGCCACAGCCUCCCCCCACCCCAGGACCACCCCUGGGCAGGCGUGUGUGGACCCCCACACUGCACACUUCCCUCCACCUCCCACCGUGACCCCUUCCUGUCCCCAAAAUGUGAUGCUUAUAAUAAAGAAAACCUUCUACACGUGAGACUUUUAUAGGUGGAGUUUUGUACAGAUGUUAAAGGUAACCCUUCUUUGCUAUCUAAGGGCCUGGGGGGUUUUCUGGGAGUUCUUGGGAAAACUAACCAAGCCUCUGUACAUACAACUGGUUUAAAUUAUUUUUUCACUUGCCAUGGAAAGCAAACAUGGAAAACAAAUAAUAAAAUAAUAUAUAUGAUAUCGGC